AUGCUGGAUGUAUCUGACUUCCUCAAACCUCAUGAGCGACUCCAAAUAGAGGUACGCAGUUCUGAAGAGUAUAAAUACUGCUCUGGGAUGGUCCCCAAAUCUCCAGCAUCCAACGCUACUACUUACCCACAACUUCGCUCUACAAUGGUCAAGCACAUCACCGUGAAAGCCAUAGCCGUCCAGAACCUCGGCGUCGACGAUCUUACCAUCUCCCCUCCUGGAGGCGCUGCCCCCGUCACACUGGUUAUCAACCAGAAGGAGCAGUUCUCUACCACGGGAAGCUACAUCGUCCACUAUGGCAACGACCAACUCACCGCCUUCUCUUUUGAGUUCAGCGGAGGAAACUUCAGCAUCACCCAAGGCAGAGUUACCAGCGACGCAAUUGCAGCCAAUGUCGCUAUCACCGCCACUCUCACUUGA